AUGCCAUUGCCAGGGUUAGAACUAUUAUUUCAAAGUGUGACAAACGUCCUUCGUAAUAGUGAUGAUGCCUUGGUUCCUGUUAUCCACUGGAAAAUAAUUUCAAAUGGAUUUAAAUGUGUUGGAAAAGGAGAACAGGCAAAUGGACAAAAAAGUGAAGUUUUACCAGCUGGCUGGAAUAAUGUUGAAAAUGGUUAUGUUCUACGUUAUAUUCAAAUGGAAACCAAUAAAUAUUUUUUACUGAAAGUUAUGAAAGUUGAUGAAGCAUUAAUGGUCAAUUUCACACGUGAAGUGGAUGAGAAGACAGCCAAUACAACAUUUAAAACUUCAGAUUAUUCUACUGGAAACUUACAAGACUAUCAUGGUGCUUUUACCAAUCUUGAAGAAUUUGUAAGAAAAUUGAAGUGGGAAAUUUUAGAUGAGUUUCUACCAACACAGAAGAUUCCUGAAAGGCAAGAGAGGUUUGUACCAAGGUCAUCAUUAUUAGAAGAAGAUCCCCUACGUCUUGGUGGUCAUGGUGGUCCAUCACGUUCCUCAACAUCUGGUUAUCAGCAACCUGAAUGGAUGGAUCCUGAAGGUCCUUUCUCUGUUGGUCAUGGAGAUUUAGAUCCAUUAGGUAGAAUGGGAGGAGGUAUGUUAAUGGAUCCAAGAAGAUCUGGACCCAGUUUUGGAAUGGAUCCAAGUUCUGGAUUACCUGCAAGAUUACCAAGAGGUGCUAUACCACCAGGAGCAAGAUUUGAUCCAUUUGGACCGCCAGGGGCUAGACCAAGUCCUGAUCCAGAUCAUAUGAGACCACCAGAUUAUGAUGAUAUGUUUAUGUGA